GAAAUCUUCCUCAACAUCGACGUCGACCUCCGCAGGCCUCCCGACACUCCUACCGCCCGCGACGGAUUUCUUCACCCAGCUCGACAUCGUUCCCUUAGUGUCGGACUGAAUUCUCGCAACCAUGGCCACCGAGUUGACCGUCCAGUCGGAACGUGCGUUCCAGAAGCAGCCUCACAUCUUCCAGAACUCGAAGGUUAAGGCCAAGAGCAAGAAGGCUGGAAAGGGCCGGAGAUGGUACAAGGACGUUGGUCUGGGAUUCCGUACUCCCAAGACUGCCAUUGAGGGCACCUACAUCGACAAGAAGUGCCCCUUCACCGGUCAAGUCUCUAUCCGUGGCCGUAUCCUCACUGGCCGUGUUGUCUCUACCAAGAUGCACCGUACCAUCAUCAUCCGCCGUGAAUACCUCCACUACGUCCCCAAGUACAACCGUUACGAGAAGAGGCACAAGAACGUCGCCGCUCACGUUUCCCCUGCUUUCCGUGUUGAGGAAGGUGACUGGGUCACCGUCGGCCAGUGCCGCCCUCUGAGCAAGACUGUCCGAUUCAACGUCCUCCGUGUCUUGCCCCGUACCGGCAAGGCCGUCAAGGCAUUCAGCAAGUUCUAAAUGUCGAUGAUGAAAAAGGAAGACGGGUGCAAUGGGCCUUUGAGGGAGAAAAAAUCAGGCUAACUGCGGCAGCGGGCAAUGACUGGAUGGUAUAAGGCAAAAUUUCUUUGACGGGGUUGGGAUUGUUUUUUUAACGAUUUUUUUAUAUCCCAGGUGUUACCCCUUUAAAGAAAGAUAUCCCAAAUUUAAAGGAACAAAAAAAAUUGAUAUUCAAGCCCU